CUGUGCUGGAGUGUGUAAAUAUGAAGGAAGAGGUGGAUUGUGUUCCAUUCAUCUAAGUGAGCCACUCCUAAAGUUAAGACCACGGAAGGAUCUUGUGGAGACACUGUUGCACGAAAUGAUCCACGCCCUGCUUUUUGUUACUGAUAAUGACAAAGAUCGUGAAUCUCAUGGACCAGAGUUCUGCAAACACAUGCGUCGCAUUAACCGCUUGACUGGAGCCAAUGUCACAAUAUAUCAUAGUUUUCAUGAUGAGGUGGAUUUGUACCGCCAGCACUGGUGGCGAUGCAAUGGCCCCUGUCAAAAUAGAAAACCUUACUUUGGAUAUGUGAAACGUUCCAUGAAUAGAGCACCCUCUGCCCGAGACUUUUGGUGGGCCGAGCAUCAACAGACCUGUGGAGGUACAUUCAUAAAAGUGAAGGAGCCAGAGAACUUCUCUAAGAAAUCCAAGGAAAAAACUCAGCCAGUGAAACAUCCAGAUUCUCAGCCAACUAGCAAAGGCAAGACACUAAUGCAUGAUAGGCAAGAUCCGAUGCCUUUUAGUGGAAAUGGAUACCGGCUUGGAGGAGGAGACAGUGGGCUCUCAGAAAAAAGCACAGGUUCCAGCAGCAGUGGUAGAAACAGUGAAACACCUGGUUCACAGCAUCGUUCAGCAGUAAGGACAAUACCAAUCCCAAAAAAUGAGAUAAAAUUUGAAAAAUCACCCCGUAGUGGCAUCUUCUUCCCACUUCAUACUGAUGAUGCCAGUGAGAAAAUCAACUUAGCUUCAAAGCGAGAGUUUCCUACACUCUCUGUUGCUAACACAAAAGCUUACAAAAAUGUUGGCGGAUUGCCUGUUAAAAUUCCUCGUGUUAUGGAAGAAAAAUCAAACGAGGGUUCUGCAAAUGGCAAGAGGACUAUGCCAUCUUAUGACAGGCCAGCGAAACAAAUUCGUCUUGAGCAGACAACGACAACUCAGAGUGCACAUGAGAAAAAAAGUUCUGAGUGUACUAAUAUGCUUCAGCAAUGGCUAAAAAUAGAAAAAUGGAAAACUGCGUUUGAGAACUAUUUCAUUAAAAAAGGGAGUUCUGACAUCGCUGUAAGUACAGAUACCCCGAUGAAAACCAAAGCUGAAUCUGCAGCGUCCUCCGCAAGUUCCAGCACAGAUGUAAGGCAGGAUAAAAAAGUCACUUGUCCUGUUUGCCAGGCUGAGGUUUUGGAAUCUAAAAUAAACGAACACCUUGAUUCUUGUCUUGCAUGA